CGCGAGCGGCUCCUGUAAUGUUUAUUUCGGGAAACCUCGCUGACUGACACCCAGCCGGAGGGCCUGCGGAGCUCCAACCGAAACCGAAGGAGCGAAGUAUGGUGUGGCGCUGCUGAGGAGAAGAGAAACAUGGUGUUCGAGUCGCUGGUGGUGGAUGUUUUGAACAGGUUCCUGGGGGACUACGUGGUGAACCUCGACAGCUCCCAGCUGAACCUGGGCAUAUGGGGAGGUGAUGCAAUACUGCGAAAUCUUGAAAUAAAGGAAAAUGCUUUGAGCCAGCUGGACAUUCCUUUCAAAGUCAGAGCAGGACAUAUAGGCCGCCUGGAGCUGAAGAUCCCGUGGAAGAAUCUGUACACACAGUCUGUUGAGGCCACGCUGGAUGAAGUCUAUCUGCUUAUUGUUCCUACUGCCAGUAUAAAAUAUGAUGCAGAAAAGGAGGAGAAGCAGUUACAGGAGGCUCGACAGAGGGAGCUGCAGAGGAUCGAGGAGACCAAGCAAAAAGCAGCUGAGAAAGAGAACCCAAAGACUGAAAAGCAGGAUACCUUUGUGGAGAAGUUGGUCACGCAAGUGAUCAAAAACCUGCAAGUGAAAAUCUCUAAUAUCCACGUUCGCUACGAGGAUGUUGUCACCAAUCCAAACUCUCCUCUCUCGUUUGGAGUGUCACUGCAAAACCUCAGUCUUCAGACCGCCGAUGCAAACUGGAAGCCCUGUCUACUGGACGAGAAAGCAAAGCUGUUUUUCAAGCUCGUCCGUCUUGACAAUCUGUUUGCAUAUUGGAAUGUGAACUCAGAACUGUACUCCAGUCAUACGCCUUCUGAGGCUCUGCAAUGUCUGCAACGCAAUGUGGCUGUCCAGAACUCCAUCCCUCAGGACUAUCAUUUAAUUUUCCGCCCAAUAUCGGCCAACGCCAAGCUGAGGAUGAACCCCCGCUCAGAUGUGGAUUUCUCCUCGCCGAAGGUGGAUCUGGUGGUCAACCUGCCAGAGGUGGCUGUGGAGCUCAGCAGACCACAGUAUGUCAGCAUUCUGGAGCUUUUGGGUUCCGUGGAUAUGAUGUCACGUAAUCUUCCGUACAGGAAGUAUCGCCCAGAUGUGCCUGUUCACACUAAUGCUUACCACUGGUGGCGGUACGUUGUCACUGGCAUUUUGGAGGUGAACGUAAAACCCCGCUUGCACAUGUGGUCCUGGAAACACAUUCGGCAGCACAGGCAACAGGUGAAGCAGUACAAAGAGCUGUAUAAGACCAAAAUCACCAGCAAGAAGCCUGCAGAGGGCUUGCUGAAGAAAUUAGAGGACACAGAGAAAACUCUGGAUAUUUUCAACAUCACACUGGCGAGACAACAAGCUGAGAUGGAGGCCUCUAAGGCAGGGCUGCGGAUCUACCGGCCCGGGGUGAAAGUGGAGGAGGAGCAGUCUCAGGGCUGGUUCGGCUGGAUGUGGAGCUGGUCUGGAGAUAGCAGCUCGCAGGCCAAAGAUGCCAAACCUGGAGCCUCGGGUUUUGACACGCUGAUGACCCCAGCAGAGAAAGCCAAACUCUAUACUGCCAUCGGAUACAGUGAGACAGCCGUCAAUCCUAACCUGCCAAAAGAUUUUGAGGACAUGAAGGUUCGUUUCCAGUUGGUGAGCAUGUCAGUGUCACUUAAGGAGAGCAAGGAGAAGCCAGAGAUUAUCAAACUGUCCGUCAUUGACCUGAGAGCUACACUCACCCAGAGACCUUCCGCUCAAGCUAUAAAGAUUACGACUCAACUGUCAUCGUUUGAAGUGACGGGUCUUCCGAGGAGUAAUGUGGCUCCUAUGCUGCUGUCUUCCCGCCGUGUGGUGGAAGAGAACAAGCCUCUGCUUAGCCUGAUGUUUGAGACCAACCCACUAGACGCAAAGGCAGACCAGAGACUGCAUGUAGAGUCGCAGCCACUGGAAAUUAUCUAUGAUGCAAUGACAGUGAACAGUAUGUCAGCAUUUUUUAUGCCUCCCAAUGACCUUGAGUUGGACGAGCUGACCAAUGCCACCCGCAUGAAGCUGGAGCAGUUCAGAGAUAGAACCUCAACAGGACUCAUGUAUGUUAUUGAGACACAGAAGGUUUUGGAUCUGAAAAUCAACCUGAUGGCCUCCUAUGUCAUUGUACCACAGAUGGGCUUCUAUGACCCCAAGCACAACCUUGCUAUUCUGGAUCUGGGGCAUUUUCAGAUGUCCAGUCAGAGCAAAGCUGAUUUGCCCCAACUUUCAAUCGGACGCAGCACAAUAGAGGACAUCAUGUCUCGAGCGUAUGACCGAUUCGAUGUCCAACUAAGCAGCCUUCAAUUCUUAUACACCAAACCAGAUGGUGACUGGCAAAAGGCCCGGAAGCAGAGACAGUCGGCUCUCCACAUCCUGGAGCCUGUGGACCUAAAAGUGGUCUUCAGCAGAGCCAUGGUGGUCACUGACUCAAGGAUGGCAAAAUUCAAGAUUUCUGGAGAGCUUCCUCUGCUCUCUCUGCGGAUCUCGGAUGACAAAGUGCGUGGAGUUCUGGAGCUGAUCGACAGCAUUCCACUCCCCGAGAGUCGUCCCCCACCUCGGACUGCUGCACAGCAGGUUACACCCAAGAUUCUCAAACAGAGGGACACCCCUCAGAUCACCCCAAGAAGACCAGCCAUGGCUGAUCUGCGCUCCUCAAUAAUAUUUGAUUCAGGCUCUGAGGAAGACCUAUUCUUCGAUGCACCCAGUUCACCCGUUGAGGAUCUGCCAUUCUUUGAGGCCAGUGCUGGUUCUCUGGAGCGAUCAGCUUCUAUUAAAAGGAGGUCCAUGGUCAAGCAGGACCCCAAGAAGAACAUGACCGAGUUUUUCAUGACAUUUGAAAUUAGCAAGCUGUCUAUCCAGCUGUGCCGCCUUUCUGCAGGACUGGAAGUGCCAGUCCUGCGUCUGGAGAUCGAGGGUCUGGGGACGGAGCUCAAACUGCGCACCUUUGACAUGAGCUCAUAUACUUUCCUGCGGGAAAUCUGCCUGGAGUGCUCAGAGUAUAAGGAUGGAGAAGACAAGAAGGUCCAUCUCAUCACCACACUGGACAACACAGAGGAUGAUCUGCUCACCUUGGAGUAUAUUAAAGCAGACAAGAAUGCCCCAGAUUUUAAAACAGUAUACAAAAACACUGAGCAGCUUAUCAAGGUGAAUUUCUCGUCAUUGGAUGUUCACCUCCACACUGAAGCGCUCCUCAAUUCCAUGAACUUCCUGAACAGCCUCCUCCCUCCUCCUAAGAAACAAGCACCAAGUGAACAGCCAGCACUUCCACCGGAGGACGAGGGAGAGGGAGAUGGAGAGGAAGAGAAGAAAGACGAGUCCGCUAUCACCAAAAAACCCACUCCAAAGAAGUCGAAGUUUGAGGACGUGGUCAAUCUGCACAUAAGAGCAGAUCUGUCCUGUUUGAAAGUCUUCAUCAGAGGAGAGAAAGCCCAAAUUUCUGAAAUCAGUAUAGAAGGUCUAGUAUCCGAAGUGCUGAUGAAAAAGAAAGCUGUAGAGAUUCUUGCCAACCUGAAGAACAUUGUUAUUCUAGACUGUGAUAAAGAUGCUCUGUACAAAAAGGCAGUGUCCAUAGCAGAUAAGGAGGUGUUUACUUUCCGCAUGGUGAACCAUGUGGACGCCACAGAGGGAGAUGCUUACAUGGACAUGCAGAUAGUGGACACGAGCGUCACGCUAACUGUGGGCUGCAUUCAGGUUAUCUUCCUCAACAAGUUUGUCUCCUCAGUGCUGGCCUUUAUCAAUAACUUCCAGGAGGCUAAAGAUGCUCUAGCAGAGGUGACUGUACAAGCAGCGGAGAAAGCAGCUACUGGUGUUCUGGAGCUUGCAGAGAAAAGCACACGCAUCUCAUUGGAUGUGGACAUCAAAGCACCCGUCAUUUUUCUCCCACAAUCCUCCAUUUCCACCAAUGUCAUUGUGGCUGAUCUAGGUCUGGUGACAGUUCAAAACCAUUUUGAAAUCGUCCCAUCUCAGUCACACACUAAAAUCCCCCCCAUCCUGGACGUCAUGAGCGUGGCACUGAGCGAUCUGAAGAUGUACAGAACCACCUUUAAGGAUGGACAGUUUCAGAGUGAGAUUCAGUUGCUGAAGCCUGUAAACAUGGACCUGUCAAUCAAGCGCAAUCUUUCUGCCUCUUGGUACCACAGCAUUCCAGAUAUUCAGAUCAACGCACACCUCAAACCCAUGAGUCUCAUCCUGAGUCAGGAAGACAUGAUUGUGGUUUUGAGGACGCUGAGUGAGAACCUGUCUGAGACGUCUGAUGCUGUUCCUGCUCCGAAAGGCUCUGAUAAAGCAGAAACCGCUUCUACCAAAGGCUCCCAGGGAUCUGGAGCAGGGACCACGGUGGUAACAGCAGCAGUGGUGGAGGGUCAGAAGGUAGCCAAACUAAAGAGCACACUCAAACUUCACUUUAAGUUUGACUCCAUGACCCUGGUCCUGUACAGCUCAAGUGGCAGUGAGGCUCCUUUGCUGGACUCUCGUGAAGAGCAGUUGAAGCUGGCUGAGUUCAUGCUGGGCACAAUCUCCACUGCAGUGCACAUGUACUCCGAUGGAUCUAUGAAGGCUUCUGUUAAACUAGCUGAAUGCCUUCUGGAUGACAAAAGAAAGAGAGUUAAAAUGAUCACAUCCAGGAUGAUGGCGAUGCGGAAGGGUGCUGAACAGAACGUCAUGGUGGAUGUGAAUUAUCGGCAGGGCAGGGACGGCACCACACUGGAGACAGUGGUCCAAGAUCUUUACCUCUGCGCUAGUAUGGAGUUCCUGCUCACUGUGGCAGACAUCUUCCUCAAAGCUAUGGCUCAGGGCUUCUCUAGCCCACCCAAGAGCAGCAAACAGUCCUCUACCUCCACCAAAGACACAGCAGCUCCUGCUCAGCCUGUAGUGGCAAAAAUGGAGAUGAACAUUGUGGUAAAGAAUCCUGAGAUCGUGUUUGUGGCGGAUUUGACCCGUGCUGAUGCCCCAGCCCUCGUUAUGACCACGCAGUGCGAGUUGGUGAUGAAGAGUGAUCCAAACAGCCAGCAAAUGACAGCGGCCAUCACUGACCUGAAGGUGGUGGCAUGUCCAUUUGUGCAUGAGCAGCAGGACAGCAAUGUUACCACGGUCCUGCAGCCCUGCCAGGUUUUCUUCACCAGCAAGCAGUCUCCAACCCAGCCCCAGGCAAUAGAGCUCUCCAUCAACUCCCUCACCUUGAAGGUGUCCCCCAUCAUCAUUAACACAGUCAUCACCAUCCAGUCAGCACUGACUCCUGCAGCUGAGACCCCUGAGGAGCUGGAGAGCCCAGUGCCCCCUGACCUGUGGGAGCGUAGGGAGUGGAAGGACCUCAAACUCUGGUUUUUAGAGGAAGAAGGUGAAGAGGACACCCAGUCUGUGGCCCCUCUCAUCCCACAGGGUGAAUCAUUGCAGCUCAAGAUUUCCUCCAUCUGCCUGACUCUGGAGGCCGGUGUUGGCCAUCGCACUGUGCCAAUGCUGCUAGCUAAAUCCUCCUUUCAUGGGGAUGUGAAGAACUGGAGCACCCUUAUCAAUCUGCACUGCCAUCUCGACAUGGAGGUCAAUUAUUAUAAUGAAAUUAUGGGAGUGUGGGAGCCACUUCUGGAGCCGCUUGAAGAUGAGACCAAAGAUGGUUUCAGACCUUGGACCCUAGAUCUAAAGAUGAAGAAAAAGCCAGUAACACAUUCAGGUAUCUCAGAUGAGGUGGACUACAUUGUACCUGAUUACAAAACGGUCAUUAACAUUACUAGCAAAGACCAGCUCAACAUCACUCUCUCGAAGUGUGGACUGAACAUGCUCAGUAACUUAGGAACGGCAUUUGCAGAGGCUGCCAAGCAGACAGCAGACUCUUUCCAGAAAGACCAGGCUCCAUUCGUGGUGAAGAACCGAUUGGGUCUGCCGGUGUCUGUGCUGCACAGUGAGGUGUUUAAGCCUAUUGGGAAACAGUCUAACGGCCGGGUGGUGGAGCUCCAGGACGGAGAGAGCCUGAACAUGGACUACACCCUCACUACUGCUGAUGCUGAUCAGUUUUCUGCAAUGACCAGCCUCAGCAGCAAGAACUACAUCCAGCCAACUCCAGUUGGCCAUACCACAGCCAGUGUCAUCCCACUAAUCAAGGUGGGCCGGGGCAUGUACAGUGUGAUGCACCUUGAUUCUGGUGUCACACGCUUCUUCAUCUGUCAGAUUUCCUCCAACGAGGGGAGCAAGUUUGUCAAGAUCCGAUCACCUUUCCAGAUCAUUAAUCACUUUUCGGUGCCGUUCCGGGUAUUUGAGGGCUCCAACUGUUUGGGCAUGUCUUUACCCAAUGAGGAGUUCUGUGUCCCUUUGGGCUCCUACAAAGCACAGCUGAGCCUGCAGCCUGUAACCGAGGUAGAAGAGCAGUACAAGUGCUCUGAAAGCUUCAGCUAUGAUGAAGUCAGUCAGAAACCGGAUGAGUGCAUUGAGAGAAUGUGUCACCACCACAGCAACGGCGCUCAUGUGUUCAAAGUGAACAUGGUUUCUGUCCGGGACACAGUGACGUCCCACAGCUCACAAGAAGAGUUUGACAAGCCAUACGUACUUCAUCUGUGGCCUACAGUGGUGCUUCGCAAUCUUCUACCCUACCCCAUCACUUACAGCCUACUGGUUAGCGGAAGCCCUGCCCCCACCCGGCUGAAGGAAGGCCACUCAUCACAGCUUCACACGGCUGUCAUGGACCACUCCAGUCUGGAGCUGAAGCUGCUCGGCUACCUGCAGCAGGACUGGGAGGCCCACUACCAUCUGCGCAGUGACCAUGAUGAGAUCAACUUCAUCACAUUUCGCUCGCUGGAUGAGGAAGACGGGGAGAGCCAGAGGGCAGAGCUCGAUAUAGCUGUUCAUGUGAAGAAGGAGGUGGGACAGGCAGUGGUUGCCAUCCACUCUCCUUACUGGAUGGUGAAUAAGACAGGAAGGCUGCUGCAGUAUAAGGCCGACGAUAUCCACCGCAAACAUCCUAAAGACUACGAGAUGCCCCUCCUCUUCUCUUUCAAACCCCGAAACUUCCUACAGAACAACAAGGUCCGCUUGAUGAUUUCAGACAGUGAGUUGUCAGAUGAUUUCUCCAUGGAUACAGUUGGUAGUUAUGGUGACGUCAAAUGUAAAGGAAGGGCCAAAGAUUAUCUGGUGGGAGUGAAGAUUGACGCUAGCAGUUUCAGCCUGACGCGGCUGGUGACGUUCCUGCCGUUCUACAUGCUUGUGAAUAGAACCAAGCAUGUGAUCAGAGUGUGUGAGGAGGGAAAGGAUGACUGGACUGAGGCAAAACCUGGAGAGGCUGCAAUUCCAUUCUGGCCAGAGAGGGAUUCAAAGAAGCUCAAGGUCAAGGUGGAUGGCUGUCAGAUGUCUGCUCAAGCCAUCAACUUCCACCAACCUGAGAACUGCCUCUUACUGCGUCUUGACAAUUCCCUGGGAGGCAUCAUCGUGGACGUGAAUUUGACAGAACAUUCUGCUGUGAUCCGGUUCUCUGAUUACCAUGAUGGCGCUGCUCCUUUUCUCCUGAUCAACCACACAAAGGACAAAACCCUGGAGUUUCAUCAGAGCUACAAGGAGCGUAGAACCUCAACUUGGGCUCCGGAAGAGUUGCUGGACCUCUCCUUAACAAUGGGGGAGGAGAGAGAGUCCCGCUGCUCACAGAAGCAGGAGAAGGAUGAGCUGGGUCCAGGCCAAGCAGUAUACUACACAUGGGCUGUACCGACGGGGUCUCGCGUCCUGUGCUGGAGCUGGGGUUCCUUCAGCGGUGAGCUGAAGAACGAGGAGGACCUACUGAAGGACAUGGGCGAUGCGGGGAAGCUGUUUGUCAUCUCGUUUUAUGAGGGGCUCCAGCGGGUGGUGCUGUUCACCACAGACCGGCGCAUAUACAAACUGCUGUGUGAGAGUGAGAGAGUGGAACUAGCCGAACAAGAAAUCAGCCUUGCACUGCAAGAUGUCGCCCUCUCGCUGGUCAACAACAGCUCUAGCAACGAGGUGGCCUACAUCGGUAUUACCAGCUCUGAUGUUGUGUGGGAGGUGAAGCCAAAGAAGAGGAGUCGCUGGAAGGUUAUGAGUGGAAAAGAGGCGGAGUUGUUGGAACAUCACUACAAAGAUUAUAUGGAGAGCAGCCCAGUGGAUCACAGCAUCAUAGAUCUUGAGAAUGGCUACCAGGUGUCUUUGACUCCUAAUGGUAUGGAAAUGAAGAUGCUGCAGCCCUAUGACGCGCCUAUCCGGAGGAAUUUCCUGCCUGCUCUGAAGGUGGAAUACAGCGUCUCAGCCCGACAGAAAGCUUACCGUGUGCAGAUCAACAGGGUUCAGAUCCAAAAUCAGUUGCCUGGAGCCAUUUUCCCCUUCGUAUUCUACCCUAUUAAACCUCCCAAAUCUGUCAGAAUGGACUCAGAACAUAAACCAUUCACUGAUGUGAGCAUCAUCACUAGAGCAGCAGGACACUCAGAUAUCCUACGCAUCAAGUAUUUUAAAGUGUUGAUUCAAGAAAUGGACCUGCGGUUGGACCUUGGCUUCCUGUACGCCAUUCUGGAGCUGUUUACUGCUGAGAACGCUGGCACUGUCACUUCUGAACAGGAGGUGGAGCUGUUUGAGAAGGAUAUAGAAUAUCUGAAGACUGGGCUGAACAAUGUGUCGGCCACAGACACUUCUCCCAUCAGCCUCUAUGAGUACUUCCACAUAUCCCCCAUUAAGCUUCAUCUGAGUUUCUCUCUGAGUUCUGGCGGUGAGGAUGGGAAUAAGACCAAGAGGGAGACCGAGUUGAUUCCUGUGCAGUCGCUGAAUCUGCUGCUGAAGAGUAUUGGAGCUACGCUCACCGACGUCCAGGAUGUCCUUUUCAAGCUGGCCUUCUUUGAGCUGACCUUUCAGUUCCGCACCACGCAGCAGCUACAGUGGGAGGUCAUCCGUCAUUACUCCAAGCAGGCUAUCAAGCAGAUGUAUGUGCUGGUGCUGGGAUUGGAUGUCCUUGGUAACCCAUUUGGGCUGAUCCGGGGUUUGUCAGAGGGAGUGGAGGCCUUCUUUUAUGAGCCAUAUCAGGGAGCCAUUCAGGGUCCUGAGGAGUUUAUGGAGGGCAUGGCUCUAGGUGUGAAGGCUCUGGUUGGAGGUGCAGUAGGAGGUCUAGCAGGAGCUGCAUCUCGCAUCACAGGAGCGAUGGCCAAAGGCGUGGCUGCCAUGACAAUGGAUGAGGAGUAUCAGCAGAAGAGGAGAGAGGCCAUGAACAAGCAGCCCAGUGGACUGAAAGAGGGCCUGACCAGAGGAGGCAAAGGACUCGUCUCUGGCUUUGUGAGUGGCAUUACAGGAAUUGUUACUAAGCCCAUCAAAGGUGCUCAGAAGGAGGGAGCCACAGGAUUCUUUAAAGGUGUUGGAAAAGGACUUGUAGGAGCUGUUACUCGACCAACAGGGGGCAUCAUUGACAUGGCCAGCAGUACCUUCCAGGGCAUUAAGAGAGCGGCAGAAACAUCUCAGGAUGUAGAGAGUUUGAGACCCCCACGGUUCAUUCAUGAGGAUGGUGUCAUCAGACCAUAUAAGGAGCGGGAGGGCAUUGGCAGCCAGAUGUUACAGAAAAUUGAAAAUGGACGAUUUGCAAAGUACAGAUACUUCGCUCAUGCCAAGGUGAACGAGUCCGAUUUCUUGAUGAUCACGAAAAGGGGGAUAUUUUUUGUUACUAAGGGCACUUUUGGUCAGCUGACCUGCGAAUGGCAGUAUCUAUUCGAUGAGUUCACCAAAGAUCCUAUGAUUGUGGAAAAAAGACGACUACGUAUUGAGGCAAAGGAAAGAGUUAAGUCUGUCUUUCAUGCCAAAGAGUUUGGAAAGAUCAUCAACUUUCAGACUCCAGAAAUAGCCAAGUGGGUCCUAGCCAAGCUUCAAGAUGCGAGAGAAAGUUUGCCAAAAUAGCCCCAGCAUGGACAGUAGCCUUAAGAGAACCUGAGAUCACAAAUACACACAGACCACCUCUCCUCCCCUUAGUGUGUGCCUUUACUUAUAUGCAAAACUACACUAAACAGACGGUCACUCAAAAAACUGUAUUUGUACCAUACGUUAUAGUGACUGUUAGAGGUAUGCAUGUGUGUGUACUCUUUAAUUGUUUACAUUUCUUCUUUUUAGUCACUUUGGCAGCACAGUCACUGGGUCAAAUCCCUUGUUUGCAUUCAAAUAUACCAAAAUUCCCAUUUUAUUUAAGCAAAACUUACAUUUUAGUUUGUGAAGGGACAGUCAAAUUGGAGAGCAAAAAGGAAUAUUCAUUAUGUAGUGGAAUGGUUAGGAAGUACUGUAAAGGAACAGUAAGUUUUACCUUUUAAGUGUUAAGCACAUCACUGUAGUCAGAACAAAACCUUGUAUCUCCAAAACAGUAACUUUACAGGAGAAGGAAAAAACACCUUACUUUUAAUGUAAGUCAGUGGAACCAGAAUUUUUUCCAAGUCAUUUUGGGCCGUUUCUUUUGAC